AUGGUGUUCUCUGUCUUCUCUGCAGCCCUGGGAUUCAUGAACAAUUCAGAGAAAAGCACUGUGACUGAGUUUGUCCUCCUAGGCUUCCCUGGUGGCCAGGAGAUGCAAAUUUUCCUCUUCUCGUUGUUCUUUGGGGUCUAUAUAUCUACCAUGAUGGGAAAUGGCACCAUUGUCUGUGCUGUGAGGUGGGACCAACGACUCCACACACCAAUGUAUAUUCUCCUGGGGAAAUUUGCUUUCCUUAAAAUCUGGUACAUUAGCUCCACUGUGCCCAGUAUGCUGGCCAACAUUCUCUCAGAGACAAAAACCAUCUCCUUUGCUGGCUGUUUCCUCCAGUUCUAUUUUUUUACCUCCCUUGGUACAACUGAAACGUAUCUCCUCUGCGUCAUGGCAUAUGAUCGGUACCUUGCCAUCUGCCGCCCACUGCACUACCCAACCAUCAUGACCCUACAACUCUGCUAUAUCUUGAUGUUUCUUUGCUGGCUUUUUGGGUUCCUUAGUUACUCAGUCCCCGCAGUGCAACUCUCCCACUUGUCUUUCUGUGGACCCAACAUCAUUGAUCACUUUCUGUGUGACAUGGACCCACUGAUGUCUCUGUCCUGUGCUCCAGCUCCUAUCACUGAGAUUGUCUUCUAUAUCCUGAGCUCCCUCAUUAUCAUCCUCACACUUCUAUACAUCCUUGGCUCUUAUACCCUUUUACUGAUAGCUGUGUUAAAAGUCCCAUCAGCAGCUGGCCAACGAAAGGCCUUUUCCACCUGUGGAUCCCAUCUGACAGUGGUGUGUUUAUUCUUUGGGGGUCUCUUGGCAAUGUAUUUGAGCCCCACAUCUGAAAACCCAGCUGAACUUCAGAAGAUUAUUACUUUGUUCUAUUCUGUGGUCACUCCCUUCUUAAACCCUCUGAUUUAUACCCUACGAAACAAGGAGAUGAAGGCUGCACUGAAGAAAGUCUUAAGGAUACAAGGAGCAUAAAGCAAUCUACAUGAGACCAAGCAGACCACUGUACACACAUAAAGGAUCACUUAAAAAAAGAUUUGCUUUCAGCUGCCAAAGCACACUUUAAAGAAGAUAUUUUCUCAGUGGAGUCCUUCAUUGAUUUAUCCCUCAACUAAACAGGAAGAACUAUGUUAUAAUUGACUCAAGUGCAACAUUUUCAACGUCGGUGAUCCCAGUAGGUAUAAAGGCAUUGUAUCUGUGGUAUUUCUCACUGCUUUAGCUGUGAAUACUUGAGGGAUGUGUGUAGAAGGUAGGAGAGCUCUUAUCCCAGGGGGGUCAUCAUUGAUGUAGUGAAGGCAUAUCUUAACACAGUCUAAUAUUUUAAAAAAGUGAAUAAGAAUCAACCUUCAAUACCAAUGACUACAGACCUAAACGAUUUACUAACAGGACAGCUUUCUACUUCCCUUGGCUCUUGAUAGUUGAGAAUCUUCUAGACUAGGAACAAACUGAAAGUUUCCUGCUUACAUAAGUAGGAAAUGUUAUAACAUUAGAAAAAGUAGUAGUCAUUCUUUCAUUGGGCAACGAACACGAUUGAGCAUCUACUAUGUUCCAGGAACUCUUCUAGGCACUAGAGAGACUCUAUAACCAAAAUGGUGAAAAAGCACUACCCACACGGAGUUUACAUUCUAGAUGGGGAGAGAGAAACAAUAAAUAAGUAAAAUGUAUAGCAUGUCAGAAAGAAAUAAGUACUAUGGAGAAACGGGAAAGAGGGUGGGAAGUAUAGCAUAGAAGGCUGAAAUUUUAAAUCAGGUGGUCAGGGAGGGCCACCCCGAGAAAGCGAACUUUAAGCAAAAGCUUGAAAGAGGUGAGGGAGUGAGCCAUGUAGACAGCUGAGGAAAGGGUAUUCCAUGCAGAAGCAAGUUCUCUACAAAAUCCUGAGGCACGAGUGUGUUCAAGUAACACCAAGGAGGUUGGUUUGGCAGUAGAGAGAAUAAGGGAAAGAGUAUUGGAGAUCAAGUCAGAGAGUGAACAGGGAGGCAAAUUGCUCAGGACCUUAUAAGUCAUUUUAAGAACUUCUAUUUCUGCAUGAAAUGAGAAGCCUUUGGAAAGGUUUGAGCAAAG